CUGACUAGAAGGAGAGUGGACGUGCUUCUCCUAUUUAGCGGGAACAAACGCCUACCAGUACCGGAGCCAGCCGUGCCUAUAGCCGCGUUGCGUCUUUGCUUUUACCAGAACCAACCAACUCUGAAUUCACAUUAAAUAUGUCUAAUAUCGUUUGUUGUCAAACGCCUCAGGUUAUAAUGUAUGACCAACACAGAAUAAGUACAACUCUAUAGCCAACGGGAUCCCAAGGACUUGAUUACAGUCGCUUCAAGCCUGAUAGUUUGUCCGUGCGGCUGAUCCCCCUCUCCCUACUGAUCACGCCCGUGUAGUCGACUGGCAUUUCUUCUGACAAAUUCCCAUCCCUCUCCUUGGGUGAAGAAGACUUAGUUCCCCUGUGAUCUCAGUCUGCUUUGCCUACCUUUGGUUCCUGUUCUACUCUCAGCAGUGGUACUUCCCUGGAUUUGCAUUAUUCUGUAUUAGGCAUACCAUCAAAAUUCACCAAGAUGAUUCCAAAUGGUUAUUUAAUCUUUGAGGAUGAGAGUUUCCUGGAUUCUACUGUGGCCAAAAUGAAUGCUCUGAGAAAGAGUGGUCAGUUCUGUGAUGUUAGACUGCAGGUGUGUGGUCAUGAGCUGAUGGCUCACCGUGCUGUUCUGGCUUGCUGCAGUCCCUACCUGUUUGAGAUCUUUAAUAGUGACAUUGAGCCUCACGGGGUCUCACAUGUCACUUUUGAGGACUUGGACCCAGAGGCUGUGGAGAUCUUGCUCAACUAUGCCUAUACUGCCCAACUAAAGGCAGACAAAGAGCUGGUCAAGGAAGUUUAUUCAGCAGCAAAAAGGUUCAAGAUGGAGCGAGUCAAACAGAUUUGUGGCGACUACCUGCUGUCUAAGAUGGAUUCCCAGAACGCCAUCUCCUUUCGUAACUUUGCCAGCUCUAUGGGAGAUGCCAGAGUUUUGGCCAAGGUCGACGCCUUUAUCCAAGACCAUCUACUGGAAGUGUCUGAACAGGAGGACUUCCUCAAACUUCCCCGCCUCAAGUUAGAAGUAAUGCUAGAAGACAACCUGACACUGCCCAGCAAUGGCAAGCUCUACUCAAAGGUGCUCAACUGGGUGCAGCGUAGCCUUUGGGAGAAUGGAGACCAAUUGGAACGACUGAUGGAGGAGGUGCAAACGCUGUACUACUCACCUGACCAUAAACUGGUGGAUGGAGGGCUGGUGAUUGAGGGGCACAGUGAGGUGUUUGGUGGCGAGGAGGACCACCUUCAGUUUGUGCAGAAGAAACCAGUACGAGAGAGCACCCAGAGACAGAUGAGCUGCAGCUCCUCAGGAAGCCUGUCGCCCUCCAACCAAGCAGCAAAUGCCCCCAAACAGACCGCCAGGAGAGAGUGGAAGUACAUUGCCUCUGAGAAGACCACAAACAACACCUACCUGUGUCUGGCUGUGCUGGACAGUGUGCUGUGUGUGAUCUUCUUGCAUGGUCGCAACAGCCCUCAGACCUCUCCCUCUGCCACCCCCUGCCUGAUGAAGAGCCUCAGCUUUGAGGCUCAGCCUGAGGAGCUGGAGGAGCACCCGCUCUCUCCCAUGCAUUAUGCUCGCUCCGGCCUGGGCACUGCAGCCCUGAAUGGAAGACUCAUCGCAGCAGGAGGCUACAACAGAGAGGAGUGUCUGAGGACUGUUGAGUGUUAUGACCCCAAAGAGGACCGCUGGACCUUCAUCGCUCCCAUGCGGACUCCAAGGGCUCGAUUCCAGAUGGCUGUACUCAUGGGUCAACUGUACGUGAUUGGAGGUUCAAAUGGGCAUUCUGACGAGCUGAGCUGUGGGGAGUCAUACGACCCACAUGCUGAUGAGUGGGCUCAAGUACCAGAGCUAAGGACAAACCGCUGCAAUGCAGGUGUCUGCUCCUUGAACAACAAACUCUAUGUUGUGGGAGGGUCGGACCCCUGCGGGCAGAAGGGCCUGAAGAACUGUGAUGCUUUUGACCCUGUGACCAAAACCUGGUCCAACUGUGCCUCCCUUAACAUCAGGAGGCACCAGGCAGCAGUGUGUGAGUUGGAAGGCUUCAUGUAUGUGAUUGGAGGGGCGGAGUCGUGGAACUGCCUGAACACUGUGGAACGCUACAACCCUGAGAACAACACUUGGACCCUCAUAGCUCCCAUGAACGUCGCUCGCAGGGGAGCCGGCGUUGCCGUCCAUGCAGGCAAACUGUUUGUUGUUGGUGGCUUCGAUGGCUCUCAUGCACUCCGCUGUGUGGAGGUGUAUGACCCCGCUCGCAAUGAGUGGAGAAUGCUGGGUAGCAUGACAUCUUCACGCAGCAACGCAGGGGUGGCCAUGCUGGGCGAAACCAUCUACGCCGUGGGUGGCUUUGACGGGAACGAGUUCCUCAACACGGUGGAGGUGUACAACCCUGAGACAGACGAGUGGAACGACUGUGCCAAGCCCCUGUCUCCCCUCUCUGAUUGAAGGGGGGGAAGACAGGGAGGAGGAGGGAGGGGGGUGGGGUUGG